GCCCCGUACGUUGAUUGAUUCGCCCAGAUCGGGUUACAAGAUGGCGGAUGUUGUGCAGUAAUGAAGGGAGAGAGAGGAAGACAGGGCCUGUCCAUCUUCCACAAACUGUUUUCACUUAUCCUUCCUUCUGUGUCGCCUUUCGUUAUUCAUUUGCAAUAACAUGUCGCAUGACUGUUUAGUGGCGUUUUGCUCCUCUGUAAAAUCACGGCGGUGACGGUUUUUACUGGGGGGAGAGGAGGUGGAAAAACAAGAGGAGAAAGAGAAAGAACCGUGACCCCCCGAAAGAAAACAAGAAGGAUCAAUAUCUCAGCGGUGAAGGAAUCAUGUCGGAUACUCGGAGACGCGUGAAAGUGUACACGCUGAACGAAGACCGGCAAUGGGACGACCGGGGCACGGGGCAUGUGUCCUCGACCUACGUCGAUCGGCUGAAUGGAAUGUCCUUGUUGGUCCGGGCCGAGUCCGACGGUUCACUUCUGUUGGAAUCGAAAAUCAAUCCCAAUACGGCUUACCAGAAACAGCAGGAUACUUUGAUUGUUUGGUCUGAAGCAGACAAUUAUGACUUGGCACUCAGUUUUCAAGAAAAAGCUGGAUGUGAUGAAAUCUGGGAGAAAAUCUGCCAGGUCCAGGGACGAGAUCCAUCACUUGAUAUAACUCAGGAUAUUAUUGAUGAGUCUGAAGAGGAGCGAUUUGAAGAAAUGCCUGAAACUACUCACACAAUUGAUCUUCCGCCAUGUGAACUAAACAAGCUGGAAGAGAUUGCUGACUUGGUAACCUCGGUUAUCUCCUCUCCGAUCCGCAGAGAGAAGUUAGCACUAGCUUUAGAGAAUGAGGGCUACAUUAAAAAGCUUUUGCAGCUAUUCAGAGUUUGUGAAGACCUUGACAACACAGAAGGUUUACAUCACUUGUAUGAAAUUAUUAGAGGCAUUUUGUUCCUCAAUAAAGCAGCACUGUUUGAGGGGAUGUUUUCAGAUGAGUGCAUUAUGGAUGUGGUUGGGUGUUUGGAGUAUGAUCCUUCCUUGCCUCAUCCUAGGAAACAUCGAGAAUUUUUGACCAAAACAGCCAAAUUUAAAGAGGUUAUACCUAUCACAGACACUGAACUAAAGCAAAAAAUCCACCAGACAUACCGUGUGCAGUAUAUCCAGGAUAUAAUUUUGCCUACUCCAUCUGUAUUUGAGGAGAACUUUCUGUCUACACUAACGUCAUUUAUAUUCUUCAACAAAGUGGAAAUUGUUAGCAUGUUACAGGAAGAUGAGAAAUUUUUGACUGAACUCUUUGCACAAUUAACUGAUGAAGCAACAGAUGACCAUAAGAGGCGUGAAUUAGUGAACUUCCUAAAGGAAUUUUGUGCAUUUUCUCAAACACUGCAACCUCAGAAUCGGGAUGCAUUUUUCAAGACGCUGGCAAAUUUAGGGAUUCUACCUGCCCUGGAAAUAGUUCUGGGCAUGGAUGAUAUCCAGGUGCGAACUGCUGCUACAGAGAUAUUUUCUUAUCUGGUAGAAUAUAGUCCAUCCAUGGUACGUGAGUUUGUAAUGCAGGAAGCUCAGCAGAGUGAUGAUGACAUUCUUCUUAUUAAUGUAAUCAUUGAACAGAUGAUCUGUGAUGCUGACCCAGAACUUGGUGGAGCAGUUCAAUUAAUGGGGUUACUAAGAACAUUGAUUGACCCAGAAAACAUGUUAGCCACAGCAAAUAAAACUGAGAAAACAGAAUUCCUCAGCUUUUUCUACAAGCAUUGUAUGCAUGUUCUAAGUGCUCCUUUGCUGGCUAAUACAGAUGAUAAACGCAGCUAUAAAGAUGCCAUUGUAGACAGAUCAAACAUGAAUAUUGCUCUUUGUUCUGAUAACUUCCAGACGGCACAACUGUUGGCCUUGAUUUUAGAGCUGCUCACAUUCUGUGUAGAGCAUCACACAUAUCAUAUCAAGAACUACAUCAUGAACAAAGAUUUACUGCGAAGGGUUUUGGUACUGAUGAAUUCAAAACAUACCUUUCUAGCCUUGUGUGCACUGCGUUUUAUGAGAAGAAUCAUUGGACUGAAAGAUGAAUUCUAUAAUCGUUACAUUAUUAAAGGAAACCUCUUUGAGCCAGUUAUAAAUGCAUUUUUGGAUAAUGGAACUCGAUAUAAUCUGCUCAAUUCUGCAAUAAUUGAGCUCUUUGAAUUUAUCAGAGUGGAGGAUGUCAAGUCACUCACAACGCAUAUAAUUGACAAUUUCUACAAAGCACUUGAAGAUAUAGAGUACGUGCAAACGUUUAAAGGGUUAAAGUUAAGAUAUGAGCAAGAAAGAGAUCGGCUUCAAAAUCAGAAACUAAGCAGUGUGCCAUCCAUAUUGCGUAAUAACCGGUACCGGAGAGAUGCACGAGCUUUGGACGAUGAUGAAGAGAUGUGGUUUAAUGAGGAAGAGGAAGAAGGAGAAGCUCUGGUACCACAUGUUGAAAAAUCUAAAUCUGAGGAUGACUAUCCAGAUAGUUAUGGAAAAUUUCUGGAGACUAAAAAGGCUAAAGAAGGUGAAGACAAGGAAAACCUUCCAAAGCGGUCAUCAAGUCCCAGUUUUAAGUUUACAUUUUCACAUACUGGUCCAUCCAGUACAACAAAUGGAACAAAUGGCACUCAUGGCAAAUCAACAGCAGCUCAGACCACUCCAGCCAGUUCAACGAGUUCUUCCUCAAAACAUACCAGUCCAUCGACUGCGGUGACAGCAAAGGGAGGUCGUGUGGGUCUUGUAGAUUAUCCUGAUGAUGAGGAAGAGGAGGAAGAAGAAGAAGCAUCACCAAGGAAGCGACCCCGGCUAGGUUCAUAAUUGAUGCAUUAGCUUGCAUUAGGAUCUGAUACAGUGGUGCA